AUGACAUGGGUUCAAUGCUGUAUCUCAGUGGACAUUGAUGCUGUAGCCGGCUGGCUCGGUAGCUAUGGAGGAGCAGACUCAGUCUCCGAUAUCAGCCGAGGAAUGUUCGCCGGCACGAUUGGCGUCAGGCGCUUGUUGAAGAUGUUCGAGAAGUACGGCAUCACGACAACGUGGUUCAUACCCGGCCAUUCUCUCGAGACCUUUCCGGAAGAAUGUCGCAUGAUCGCAGAUGCCGGGCACGAGAUCGGCCUUCAUGGCUACAGUCACGAGAACCCCGUCGCUAUGACGCUGGAGCAACAGGAAGCGAUCAUGGACAAGUGCUACAAGCUGAUUACCGACUUCCAGGGAGGAAAGCCGCCGCGCGGUAUCGUUGCGCCCUGGUGGGAGGCUUCGGAAGAAGGAACGGAACUUUUCUUGAAAUAUGGCUUGGAAUACGACCACUCUUUGAGCCAUCACGAUUGUCAAUGUUACUGGCUGCGGACUGGGGACAAGUGGGUGCCGAUAGAUUACAGCAAGCAUCCAGAUCAUUGGAUGAAACCAUUAACACAUGGCCCGAUGACCGGACUCGUUGAGAUCCCAGCUUCGUGGUACUUGGACGAUCUGCCUCCAAUGAUGUUCAUCAAAAAGGCUCCCAACAGCCAUGGAUGGGUCAACCCGAGGGACGUUGAAGAGCUUUGGCUCGACCAAUUCAAUUUCUUCUACCGAGAGUACGACGAAUUCGUGUAUCCCGUGACAGUUCAUCCUGAUGUGUGUGGACAUCCUCACGGUCUCCUGAUGCUGGAGAGGAUAAUUGAAUACAUCAACAAGCAUGAAGGCGUUGAGUGGGUCACAAUGGAGCAGAUCUGCGAUGACUUCAAGUCGAAGAGCGUAGCGCCGCAAGGUGCUUUGAUGCCUGCUGAGCCUGGUGCGAUUUUGAAAGAUCCAAACUUGCAGCUCAAGAGGAAGGAAUCAUGA